ACCUCUAAAGUAAAAUACUGCCGAGUUUAGUUUUUAUCGAGUAAUCAAAACAGUUUUCUAGAGUUCAAGACACCUAGUUCGAAGCCAAACCCAUUUUCUAGCUUGGAACAGAAGUUAGGGUUCAAUGCAAAGAAGGAGAUUGCUGAUGAGUUGUUUAAAAUGAUCGGUGAAGCGUAUGAUGUGCUUUCAGACCCUGCAAAGGUAAAAACAUCUCAACCGAUAAUAACACAUCGUCAGCUUUGAGGGCGCCUAUGCAAAUACUCAGGCUGAUACUGCGUGGAUGAAAUUAUUAGAUUCUCGGAUUCGUGGAGAAUAUAUACACGUCACACAAUAAACAUGGAAAGACUUGAGGUGCAAGCCAUUUACUUAGGUAAUGAAGGAGGAGUGUUCUCUCUAGUGUAUGAUCGUUUUGUUUGUGAGGUAGGACUUCUCAGACUUGCAUAUAACAGAGAGUUUCAUGUUUUAAUUUCCUUUUUCUUCCUUUUUUUGUGUGGUGUUCAAGGUUUCAUGGGGUCAUGAGAAAGACAGUGUGGCCUCUCUGCAGUUCUUGUUGUUUAGCCCUUUUGAUUGUGCAUUCUUUCAAUUCAUUGAUUUUUGAAAAGAACAAAAAAAAAAAGAAGCUAGGAUUGAUUUUGCAUUCAGACAUACUUGACUGUCUGUUGAAGUUCUUUUAAUUGUCUUUUGCAAUUUUUUUUUUUUUAUGUGUGUUGAAUUAAAUUAUAUAUAUAAAUAAUACCCACUCUAUUAUGUUCUAGAUAACAAUUGUCAAACAAACGAAAAGACAAACAUGGUGUCGUUCACAACUUGUAGAAUUUGCAAUAGUAGUUGGUCUCCUCAACCAAUUUUAUUGGAACUUCUUUUCCAAUUUUGUGUGGCCAACAAACAAAAACGUCUUGCCAAUUAUAGGUGUAGUUAUGGCCACCAAAGAAUAUAUGGAUAAUGUUUUCUCACUUUCUCCAACUGUUUUGAUGUUUAUUGUUUAGCUUUUAGAUGUAUUCAAUAAAUUUGAAUAUGGUGCUGCACCUGCACCUGCACCUUUUUGGCAUGACUUUUUUGGCAAUCACCAAUUAAUAAGAGAAGGGUCCAGUGGUAAUAUAUGCAGAUAUGCAUAGUUUACCAAACAAGAGAUUGUAGAAAAGGCCAAGACAAGAUGUCAUGAUCUAUCUUUAAUGGUGUUUCCGUAUAUGAGAUUAAUACUAAAGCACACAUGAAAAACAUUGAAAGUGACAUAUUUGUUAUGAAGUAUUGUGAAUUCUAAGGUUUUUAUUUUUUUAAAUGCAUAACUGAUUAAAAUAACAUAGUUUAUAUAUAAACGAUUACUUUGUUAUUAGCUUAUUACUAAAAGCUUUUCUGAACUAUUUUUGACAAAAUAUACAAAUAAUGUUAUAGAAUACAAAAAGAAAUGAAUGAAGCCGUAUAUAUUUCCAAACCAAACAUGGAAAAUAAAAACAUAGUCGAAAAAAUCAAAUUCAAAGUCAGACUUAAAAUAUAGAUAUAAGAUAAUAUGAUUUUUGUUGACUUUUAAAAGUGUCUAACCAACAUAAAUGAUUUUAAACUUGGUACACAAAACAAGUGGAUUAAUCAACCAACAUAAAUGAUUCCAAACAUGAUCCAUAAGCGACCUUUUGUCGCGAGUUAACACACUCCUUGCAAUCUCCACGGCAAGUUUAUUGACUCCAUGAUGGACAUUUGCUUGCACCACUUACCUUUUUAGGUAGAAUUUGAAUUUUGAGUAAGGCAUAUAUGGCACCACCAUUUUUGUUCUGGCUGAUCGUCAAUCAAAGUCACAUUGAAGGUAAAAUUGCAAUGUUACUAUUGUAAAUUACAUAUAAUCACGGGACAAUCUAAAUUAUUUUAAGAACUGGCGCAUAUAAUUGGUAGAAUAAAACAAAACCAAAGGGCAGAGCUAUACUUAAGAUAUUUGACUAUUUUAUGCACUAAAUCGUAAGUGUAAAGAUAUAUGUGGAUGGCGUGUUCCUAUAGUCUUCAUACUUUUCUUUUUAGAAACAAAAUAGUCUUCAUACUAUAUGCCCCUAUUCACGUUAUAAAGAACUGUAGAAGAGGAGAUAUUCACUUUAUAAAUAACUGUAGAAGAGGAGAGAAGAAACAUAGAUCGAAGAUGAAAGUUAGAAUUAGUAAGGAGGAGGAGGAGGUGGAGGAGCAGCCGCUCAGCCCGAUGGCGCGUGUGUUCCAGUCUCCAGAGGUAGACUACUGUGCCGUCACCAUCAUGGGAUUCAAAACCAAGUUCUGUCCGGACGUCCUUCUCGAUGCCUUGAAGCAUAAUGUCUCCAAGCAUCCUCGUUUUUCCACCAAACUGAGUGAGGAUGGUGCAAAAUGGAUAGAGACUCAAGUCAAUGUAGAAGAUCAUGUAAUUGUACCAAACAUAGACCCAGAAGAGAUAGGUGAAGAUGGACAAAGCUUCGUCGAUGACUACAUCUCACGUCUCACGACGAUUCCUCUAGAUAGAUCAAGACCCUUGUGGGACAUGCACAUCCUUAACGUAAAAACCUCAGAUGCUGAAGCAGUCGGUGUAAUAAGAUCUCACCAUUCAUUGGGAGAUGGUAUGUCUUUGAUUUCUCUCAUGCUCGCAUGUACCCAUAAGACAUCAGACCCUGACAAUACUGCUAUUCCUUCCUUGAAACGGCGUCAAACCGUGCCGCACGGACUUAUAAAACAAAGCUGGUUUUUAAGGUUUAUAUUCACCGUUGGUUCUACAACGAGACUGAUUUGGAACACCGUUGUGGAUAUGUUGCUUCUUUUGGCGACUAUCUUGUUUUUGGUGGAUACAAAAACACCUUUAAAAGGUGGCGCAGAUGUUGGGAGGAAUCCAACGAGAUUUUAUCGAAGAACUAUCUCUUUGGAUGACAUAAAACUUAUAAAGAACUCUAUGAACAUGACUAUCAAUGAUGUUCUACUCGGAGUUACACAAGCUGCUCUUUCUCGCUAUUUGAACCGACUUUAUGGUAAGAAGAAUGAGGAGGAAGGAGUAUUGACAUCGAAUCAGAACCAUCUUCCAAGUAAACUACGUUUCCGUGCAGGUUGUACAGUAAAUCUGAGGUCGGACAUCGGGUUCAAGCCUUUGGCAGAUAUGAUGACCAAGGACUCAAAAUGCAGAUGGGGAAACUACUUCAGCUUUAUUAUUUUGCCCUUUUCCAUCGGUUUACAAACCGAUCCUUUGGUCUAUCUAAAGAUAUCCAAAUCCACGAUGGCUCGAAAGAAGCAUUCUUAUCACGCUGCACUAGUGUAUUUUAUCAUCAAAAUUAUCUUAAAAGUGUUUGGAGCUAAGGCAGCAGCAGCCAUAUUUAACCGACCGGUGGUAAAUUUAACUACAUGCGUUUCAAACGUCAUAGGUCCAAUGGAGGAAAUCAGUUUCCGUGGCCAUCCUAUCGCUUACAUCGCUCCAAGUAAUUAUGGACAAUCACAAGCAUUGUUGGUACAUUACAUGAGUUAUGCGGGGAAGAUGAUAAUCUCGAUGGCUGUUGACCCUACAGUCAUACCGGAUCCUCACAAGAUAUGUGAUGACAUGGAAGAGUCACUCAAAGACAUGAAAGCUGCUCUUUCAGAAAGAGGGUUACUCUAAGGCUUGUGAGAGCCAUUGGUAUCUGUUUUGUAUAAACCUGUAGACGUGUUGAUGAAUAUUUGUUUGGUCUAAAAAUGUUUUGUUUGGAGGGCUUUAAUUUGGCCGGUCAUAGUUGUUGAACACAAAAAAUGCAUACAAAAUGUCAAAGAUUUUAGAUAUCUCAUUAUUCAGUCCUAUUUAAUAUGAGCUAGAAAGCAUUAUUAAUUCAAGGAUGUGACAUGUAACUAUAAGUAACCAAUUAAAAAGUAAUCGCUUUAUCA